GCUCGGCGCGGCGCCUUGUGCGCCUGCGCAGAGAACGUGCGCGCCGAGCGAUCGAUUGGGAAGCAUUCGCGCCUCCAUUUUUCUAAAAGAGAGCGGGGACCGCGAGAGCCGGAUCAGCGGCUGGCAGGGAAACCGUCUUCCUCGCCUCCAAGAUGUACAGAACCAAAGUGGGCCUGAAGGACCGUCAGCAGCUCUACAAGCUGAUCAUCAGCCAGCUGCUGUAUGAUGGCUACAUCAGCAUUGCCAACGGCCUCAUCAACGAAAUCAAGCCCCAGUCCGUGUGUGCCCCCUCAGAGCAGCUCCUGCAUCUCAUCAAACUAGGAAUGGAAAACGAUGAUACUGCAGUUCAGUAUGCAAUUGGCCGUUCAGAUACAGUUGCCCCUGGCACAGGGAUUGACCUGGAGUUUGAUGCAGAUGUCCAGACCAUGUCCCCAGAGGCUUCAGAGUACGAAACAUGCUACGUCACGUCCCAUAAAGGGCCCUGCCGGGUCGCCACCUAUAGUAGAGAUGGGCAGUUAAUAGCAACCGGGUCUGCUGAUGCCUCCAUAAAGAUCCUUGACACAGAGAGGAUGUUGGCCAAGAGUGCCAUGCCAAUCGAGGUCAUGAUGAAUGAGACUGCACAGCAGAAUAUGGAAAACCACCCAGUGAUUCGAACUCUGUACGACCACGUGGAUGAAGUCACAUGUCUUGCUUUCCACCCAACAGAACAGAUCCUGGCCUCUGGUUCAAGGGAUUACACUCUUAAAUUGUUUGAUUAUUCCAAACCAUCGGCAAAAAGAGCCUUCAAAUACAUCCAGGAGGCUGAGAUGCUCCGCUCCAUCUCCUUUCAUCCUUCCGGAGACUUCAUACUCGUUGGGACUCAGCAUCCUACCCUUCGGCUCUAUGACAUCAACACAUUUCAGUGUUUUGUGUCUUGUAAUCCUCAAGAUCAACACACAGAUGCUAUAUGCUCCGUUAACUACAACCCUAGUGCCAAUAUGUAUGUAACUGGCAGCAAGGACGGCUGCAUCAAAUUGUGGGAUGGCGUUUCAAAUCGCUGCAUCACAACUUUUGAGAAGGCACAUGAUGGUGCGGAAGUUUGUUCUGCCAUUUUUUCGAAAAAUUCUAAAUACAUUCUCUCAAGCGGAAAAGACUCUGUUGCCAAACUCUGGGAGAUAUCAACAGGACGCACGCUGGUCAGAUACACAGGUGCCGGUCUGAGCGGACGGCAGGUGCACAGGACGCAGGCGGUCUUCAACCACACCGAGGACUACGUGCUGCUGCCGGACGAGAGGACCAUCAGCCUCUGCUGCUGGGACUCGCGCACGGCCGAGCGCCGGAACCUGCUCUCCCUGGGCCACAACAACAUCGUCCGCUGCAUCGUGCACUCGCCCACCAACCCUGGCUUCAUGACCUGCAGCGACGACUUCCGGGCGCGCUUCUGGUACCGCAGGUCUACCACCGACUGAGCGGGCCGUGCACGGGCUUCCUUUCUCAAGGACUGCCCUCCACCCCGGCUGGCCCGCGUCAGCCUCCGUAGUAAGUCACUGUACCAUCUUUGGUGGUUGAGCUGCCACUCGACAGCCUUCUUGGAUUUGUAUAAAAGAACCUUUUUUUACCUUGAUGUGGAAUCAUGGUGGAGAAAGCUGGAAAUGCAGAUCUGUGCAGUUGCUCCACAUUCCCUGAGGAUUACAGUGUGAUUUUUAUCGGUUUCUAAGCCUAGGACUUGCCAGUUCUCUUGAAUCUCUAGAUUGUUUGAGGACGGAUGGAGUAUUGAAGCGCUUUCUAAAUCUCAGGUGGCUCUUCCAUGGAGAAUUGUCAUUUGGUUAUUCUGUCAACUUUUGUACCUGUUGUGCUCCACCCUCUUUGUGUACUUACUUCCUUUCAAGAUACAUUUUGGCAGAUAGAGUCCUGCAGCUCUGAGAAUCAAGAGUUUUGUGCCGUAUUGAAACCACGCUAGAGAAUAUUAUCAGUUCUAUCCUGAAAUGGCAUCAUUCUGAUAAUAAAGCUCAGAUCUGCAAUUGUA